AUGGGCUGCUCAUAUAAUGAGAAGGACAGACGACGGGUGGAACUAAGAACCCUGGAAUGCAUACCUUACGAAGCAAAACGCCUCGAGGAAGGCCGCCGAAGAUGGGCUGACGCGUUCGCUGCAUGGAAAGACCAGCGUCGUGGAUUAGCUAGCGACGGGCAGGAACGGAUGGCAAGAUUGCUGAGGCUUGCGCGUCGAGUAAAUACCUGUCAUCUAAGUAUUCAAAUAACUGAUCUAGCCCACUGA